GUGGUGAUUGUAAUAUAAAGACGAAACUAAUAUAUAAGCAAACGCUGCCGUUAGCGUAAGGACCGCAACCCUAGCCACCCUUCCCUGAUUUCAUUUCUUCUGUACUCACAGUAAUCACCUCUCCAAAACCCUAGCUCUUUCACUCACUGCCGCCAAUUUCAACCAAUUAUUUGUUUAUAAGCGUCGAAAACGAUGUCGGACGACGAGCGAGAGGAGAAGGAGUUGGAUCUCACCUCCCCUGAAGUUGUUACUAAAUACAAGAGUGCUGCUGAGAUCGUUAACAAGGCUUUGCAGUUAGUUGUAAAAGAAUGCAAACCAAAAACUAAGAUUGUUGACAUUUGCGAGAAGGGUGAUGCAUUUAUCAGAGAGCAAACAGGCAAUAUGUAUAAGAAUGCUAAGAGGAAGAUUGAGAGGGGUGUUGCCUUCCCCACUUGUCUUUCUGUUAACAACACUGUUUGUCAUUUCUCUCCACUUGCUAGUGACACCUCCGAGCUGCAAGAAGGUGAUAUGGUGAAGAUUGACAUGGGUUGCCACAUUGAUGGGUUUAUUGCUGUAGUUGCGCACACCCAUGUUGUCCAGGAAGGACUAGUCAAUGACAGGAAGGCUGAUGUUAUUGCUGCUGCAAAUACCGCCGCAGAAGUUGCAUUGAGGCUUGUUAGGCCUGGGAAGAAGAAUAAAGAUGUAACAGAUGCAAUUCAGAAGGUAGCUGCAGCUUAUGACUGCAAAAUUGUUGAAGGUGUUCUUAGCCAUCAACUGAAGCAGUUUGUGAUAGAUGGAAACAAAGUCAUACUCAGUGUCUCCAACCCGGAUACGAGAGUUGAUGAUGCGGAGUUUGAGGAGAAUGAAGUUUAUGCAGUAGAUAUAGUUGCUUCAACUGGUGAAGGCAAGCCAAAACUAUUGGAUGAGAAGCAAACCACUAUUUAUAAGAGAGCAGUUGACAAGAAUUAUCAUUUAAAGAUGAAGACCUCUAGAUUUAUUUUCAGUGAAAUAAAUCAGAAAUUUCCCAUUCUCCCAUUCACUGCCAGGGCUCUGGAAGAGAAACGAGCUCGUCUAGGUUUAGUCGAAUGUGUGAAUCAUGAUCUGUUGCAGCCAUAUCCCGUUCUUCAUGAGAAGCCUGGUGAUUAUGUUGCUCAUAUAAAAUUCACGGUGUUGCUAAUGCCUAAUGGAUCAGACCGGAUCACACUGCAUCCGCUGCAGAAGCUGCAGCCAACCAAGACAAUAGAUGAUCCUGAAAUCAAGGGAUGGUUAGCUUUGGGAACGAAGACGAAGAAAAAAGGUGGUGGGAAGAAGAAGAAAGGUAAGAAGAAUGAGGAUGAUAAAGCUGAUGCAGAGCCUAUGGAUGCAUCAAAAACUGAUGCCGCUGCAUCUUAAGAAACAAACUCCUAUUCUUCUACUCGACCUUUUUUCUUUUUAAAUUUCAAUUUUGGUACUUUGUUCACUUUGUAUCUGUUUGUCAAAUGUUAGUGCAUCAGAUAUUGAUCCUUUUCCUAAUUGAAUUGGGCUUUUACUCGAA